AAUGGAGGAUGAGGGGAGACAGCGUACGACAAAGUACAUUAGUAAACUUUUUGUAGAGGAAAGCAAACUCAAUCUGAACUUCACUAAAGAGAGAGAACGCAGUGAGAAACUUCGAGCACCACAGGAGGACACGCCCACUCCCAGACUGGAUACUGAGGCGGACCCCCAGGAAGAGGAAGAGGUUCCUACCAAAGGGCAAAGGUCAAAAACCAAAGCUGGCAAGAAGAACAAACCAGUGCUGAAAAGACAACAGAAGGAAGUUACUGACUCAACACUCAGACAUUCCACACCCCUGAGGAAGAAGCAGCCUGCUCAUCCCACAGUGAAAGUUCAGCCCUCCCCUGGGGCAGAACUCAGUGAUGUAGAAGAGAUGGAUGAUGUGCCCGUAAACCUGGACACUACAGUGGACCAAACCCCCAGCAUCAUCAACGAUCAAUCCAAAAACACAGAGGACACAAUGAUGGUGUUUGAGGAGUACAGCGCUAAGCCUGAGUUAAAUCCACCAAAAAGAAGUUUGACAAAUCAUCAGACGUAUCGCCUGCUGAGACGGAAGAACAUUAUUAUAGAAGCCGUACGUAACAUGAAGGUCAUCGAGGGGCUUUUCACGCUGCAGAAGAAGCUGAUGGAUGAGGAGAAGCUGGAGGGUGUGAACACUAAAGUGUGUAAGAAAAGCAUCUUGAGGCUGAUACGCACUCUCUCUAGGGAAGGCUUCCUCAGGAUGUAUAGAACUACAGUAAUACAGGACGGAGUUAGCAAGAACGUGGAGUUUGUCGUUCAUCCAUCCAUCACUCCAGAUGAUCCAUUAGUGAGAAGUGCUAUAGAGCAGAUCCGGUUUAAGAUCUCCAGCUCCUACACCGUGCAUCGGCUAAGGAAUGAGGAGGACAAGGCGAAGGCUCUCUCUCAGGGAGCAAACAAAUCAAAGCCUGAUGGUGUAAAUUUCCAGGGAAAGACGGAGGAGAAAAUGGGAGUGAAGGCGAUGAAGGACUUCAAACCGAGCAUAGUGCCAGGACUCAGUCGCUCUCUAGGUUACCAGCCAAAGAUGCCACGUUGCCGUGUGAUCCACACGUUCCUGUGGUAUCUGAUCUAUGGUCACCCUCUAAAAUCAUCACUCCCAAGUGACCCGACUGUGACUACUGAGUCAGAGGUCACAUCUGAUGUGCAGGACAUCACUCAGACCCCCCACACUGAGGAGCAGGAGGCUGCUGACACACCUGAACACACACAGUUCACAGUGUACGCUAAGGAGCUGAGCUGGAAGCGCUUUGUCCCACCCUUACCAGUCCACAGAGAGUUCGGUUAUGGAUGGGCUUUAACCAGCGAUGCUCUCAUCUCGCUUCCUCUCAGUGUGUAUGUACAGAUCAUCCAGAUCAACUUCAAGGUGGAUGGUUUAGAGGAGUAUCUGAGUGACCCAGUGAAGCAGCAUUACCUCAUCAGGUUCCUCCCAUCUAGCAUCAAGACAAGGCUACUGCACCGACGGAAGUACUUCUUCAGUUUCUAUGAGAACCUUCAGAGAUUGUGUUACAUGGGUCUUCUACAGUUCGGGCCCACUGAGAAGUUCAUGGACAAGGAUCAGGGCUUUUUUUUCGUAAAGAAAAAUGCAACAAUUGUGGACACAACAGUGUGUGAGCCUCACUAUAACCGAGCUAUAGAGACACGACCGUUUGAGAGACGACGUUAUACCUUUAACACACAGCAGGAUGUGGAGAACUUUUGGGUCGACCUGCUGUGUGUGUGUCUUAACACUCCACUAGGUGUGAUUCGUCCCCGUAACCGUAACAGUGAUGGAGAUGCAGAGGGAGAAGAGGCAGAGUCUGACUCUGCUGGGGGGAGAAUAAGUUAUGAGAGACUGCAGUACACACUAAAAGGGAGUUGUGAGGUCAUCGAUGAUGGCAUAACCCCAGGCAAUGGGCAGGGGGCAGGAGGACUAGACUCGUGCUUCUACAGUCACCUGAAACGUAACUGGCUCUGGACCACUCACCUGCUCAACAAGCCCAAGAAGCUUGGAGACAGUCAGCAAGUGCGUCUGAGGAACAUGCUGUCCAAACACCUCUUCUCCAAAUCUGAGUGUGCAGUGUUUCAGGACGGACGUCCUCUAGCUCCUCCUGCUGUUCUGGAGGAGGCGGUGCAGGUCAGAGUGGAACCAAGCUCGAGGAACCAACAGGUGCGUGGAGGAAGGAAACAAAAACGCAAGAGGCAGAAGAAAGAAAUCACCAAGCCUCCUAAAAAGGGGAGGAAAUUGAGAAGCAAGAGGUUGUGUCGUGAUGAGACGGAUCGUAAAGCUCUGAUGAAGAUGACGGGACAGAGAGUGAUGUGGACUCACCUGGAGGACAGCAUCCUGAUGUUAUGUCGAGUCGCCAGUCACUUUCUAAACCGAAAGAUUAAGAAGCCAUUUGUUGGGUGGAACGUGGUGCGUGAUAUUCUGCACAGAGACCUGGAACUGUCUCAGGAUAAAACGUCUCUGGCAGUCAGCCGACGCUCACGUCACAUCAUGAAGAACCCUCAGACUCAUCUGAACUACAGGUACACACUGUAGUAACAUUUACACCUG